CUGCAGGAAUGAUAUCGUUUUAGGGUCUGGAACGCUGUGUUACAAAACGUGUAUUUGAUGCAUUGGACCAGCUAAUACAGAAAUGUAUAUGUAUUAGUUGCGUUUCUAUUGUAGUCUACCGAUUAACCUCUACGGUGCUAUGAGUUCAAUGGUCAGCGCGACGCACAGUGCUCGCGCAGCCCCAAGAACGUCCCACAUACUCGCGCGACAUCAACAACAAUGGCAAACCCAAACCGUGGUCUGUUUUGGUAGGAGAUCUCUGAUUGGGAGCGAGACGGUCCGAACGCUUAGUCGCUGAAUUCCAUGUCACAUUUCAUUUUUUUUUUUUUUUGAAUUGGCGAGUUUUAUUUUUUUUUUUAGUCAAGAGUGUUCCGACUGUUGCUAACGGUUUUUUCGUUCAAUUUUUUUUUGAAAUUGUAAAAUGUGCGAGGCGCUGUUGGCCAGCUCACACAGUCUGUGCAUGUGUGUCCCUGCUGCUGCUGCUGCUCUGCUGGGCUACGGCUACUAACCUAGCUGCUGUUCACUCGGUGGUGAGCUAACGUUAGCCCGGCCGCGUUUAUUGACGCGAGGGGGGGGGAAAAAAAAACACCAGCAAAUGUAAAGCGUGUCCGUGCGAUCCGUCUUAUGACAACAACCCGUAACCGUUUCUUAGUCGUCGCUGUCGGGUACGGUAAGAAGUGUUGUAUGGUUUUUGUCGUAGAAAAGACUUUUGCUGGCUAGCUAACAGGCUAGCUAUUUGUGUUGUAUUCUUCGACUGAGAGAAAACGGGCGAGUUUUCUUUGAAAGUAUGGAUGACCAGACCAGGAUGAUGACGGGUCUCACCGGACUCGGUGGACUUGCACAAGCCGAUGUCGGUGACCCGGACUCGGUCAGGAAACAGCAGUCCCUCGGUCAACCUCAACAAGACAUAGGGGAUAUCUUACAGCAAAUAAUGGCCAUCACCGACGAAAGCCUGGACGAAGCGCAGGCCAGGAAGCAUGCCCUGAACUGUCACAGAAUGAAGCCAGCCCUCUUCAGCGUUCUCUGUGAGAUCAAAGAAAAGACGGUGCUGAGUAUACGAGGUGUGCAGGAGGAGGACCCCCCAGACCCCCAGAUCAUGCGGUUGGACAACAUGCUGCUAGCGGAGGGCGUGUCAGGACCAGAGAAGGGCGGAGGAUCGGCCGCGGCCGCCGCAGCUGCGGCCGCUGCGGGGGGCUCACCCACCGACAGCAGCAUCGAACACUCCGACUACAGAGCCAAGCUCGCCCAGAUCCGCCAGAUCUAUCACUCUGAGCUGGAGAAGUAUGAGCAGGCCUGCAGUGAGUUCACCAACCAUGUAAUGAACCUGCUGAGAGAGCAGUCUCGCACACGGCCCAUCUCUCCCAAGGAGAUUGAGCGCAUGGUGGCCAUCAUCCACCGCAAGUUCAGCUCCAUUCAGAUGCAGCUCAAACAGAGCACCUGCGAGGCCGUCAUGAUUCUGCGCUCGCGUUUCCUCGAUGCCAGACGUAAGAGGCGCAACUUCAACAAGCAAGCCACAGAGGUGCUGAACGAGUAUUUCUACUCCCACCUGUCUAACCCUUACCCGAGUGAGGAAGCCAAGGAGGAACUGGCCAAAAAGUGUGCGAUCACUGUGUCUCAGGUCUCUAAUUGGUUUGGCAACAAGAGAAUACGCUACAAGAAGAACAUCGGUAAGUUCCAGGAGGAAGCGAACCUCUACGCAGUUAAGACAGCGGUGGAUGCUGCCAACGUGUCUGCGCAGGCUAGCCAGGCUAACUCUCCGGCAACGCCCAACUCAGGUGGAUACCCUGCACCGUGCUACACACCUGAUGGGCGGCUAUGAGGAGCUGUCGGGUAGUGGCCUCUACACCCCUCAUUGCCUGGAUGCUAACAGCUGGCAGGACACCACCAACCCCCCCUCGGUCACCUCUCCUCCCGGUCCUCCUGGCAGCGUCCACUCAGACACCUCCAACUGAUUCGGUGGCGCUCCCUGCCGUCACUUCAUUCCCACCGUGGUCUGCUCCGACUACCAUCCUCUGUCUUCAUUUUUUUCUCUGCUCCCUCGUCGCUUCAACUGGACAGCCGCGCAUUGGCUGUGCUCGCAUUUCAUAAACACACACGCACUGUGCUGGAACACAGGACAGCUGAACACAGUAGCUCCUUAACUCCGAAUAAAAGAGGGGGUGGAGCUUACUGAUGCCGAGACGGAUAGAAAACAUCUUUACUAUCGAGGACUUUUUGGAAAAAAAAAACAAACCACUGACCCAGCUGUGUAGAUGAUCAUGAUGUCUGUACGUUGUGUAUAUGCACGUUAACUUCACACAGUAGUCACACCGCUUGUCCGUGUGCACCUCUGCACUCGACCCUUUGCUUUGGAAAACUGUGUGUGAUCGCCUUGAUCUCUUGAAGCCGUGGCAUUCGACAGCCAAACUGUUGAUACGGAUCACCAGGGAGCUCCGCUCACCUACGCUCGUACCAAAGUGCUGCCCCCCCCCCCCCCUCUGAGAUCACCCUCUGCCAACUCAACACAAGACACUGUUACAUCCUCGAGUCCUUUACAGCUCGAUGUUUCAUUCCAAACAAAGUGAAUAAUCGAGACGUGCUCCCCGCUUCCAUAACACACACACACACACCUCACAACUUCUCAGUCGUUUUCAUAGUGUGCCGACAUGAAAGAUGUGUCGAGCACAGCAGUUAGCAUCCUUGGUAUGGGUGUCUCUACCUGUGAAAGGGUAGUGAAGGGGACCACUGUUCUAAACCAGGAAGGGCAGGUGAUAAUAGGGCUGGUGAGAGGAGGAGGAGGAAAGGGCAGGGCAGGGCAGAGAGGAGGAUAUCUUUGGUUGAGUGGAUGUAACUAAUAGCCCUUUUUGUUGCUAACCAAUAGGGGGGUGUUGGUAGAUGGCUUGUAGACUUUACUUCUUGCUUUCUGUCCACUAGUUUAUUUGAUUGUAGGCUAAUUUUCUAAUGCUGUUUCACCAAGAAUGCACCAGCCGCCACCAAAAAUGAGCUCAAUAAAAGCAUCUAAAUGACGUGAGGAGGGUGGAAGAGAUUGUGGGGCAUCGAUGUGUUAUUGGGACAAACGUGACAUGAAUUUAGAAAAGUGACUGUCUUCCAUGCAUGUAGGACUUCUAGGCGUGAUAUUAUUGUUUUUCAUUUAACCUUCCGAGUUUUUAAGCUUCGUUUUUAUUAACAAAAAAAAUACAUAAAUAAUAAAAGGGUAUAAUUAUUACAGUCAAGACCAAAAAGGAAAAAAGUGCAUUGUGUAUUGCUCUGAUGUGUGUGUCUCUGUGUGUACAGUGUUCUUGGGAUGUCUUGGUCAAACCGGCUGGUGCCCUCUCACCUUUUGUAAGAAUUCGAGAGACGGGGGGUGGGGGGGGGUGCUUCCACCAGCCAAUGACACACCAUUGUGUGGGGUUCAACUGAGAUCCCCCCCCCCUCCCCACCAUCUUGAAAAACAUUUAAGCUUGUGAGCCCAAGGCAACACACUAAAACCUUCUGUUGUACCAAAACCAAAAAUGCCACGUUCAGCAAUGUAAUAAUGCUCCUCUGUGUCUCUAACGUUGGUGCACAGCAACCUGUUCAGUUCGAGGAGAGGAGGGAAUUAUAUUUGUAUCUUGUGUCUCUCUGUGUGGUGUUGUCAUGCCUCAAGUUGAUUUUAUUUUGGGGGGGGUUUGUUGGGGGGCGGGUGGAGUGAGGACCGUCAUAUCGCACCUGUAAUUUGAUUGUGAGCAUAGAAGGUGUGCUCUCCCCUUAAACUCUUCCUUUAACAGCUUCUUGGUAAAACCACGAAUAUUUAGUUUUUAGUUCUACGGCCGAUUGGGCAAGGGCUUCUCUCUCUCCUCUGUUACCAAAAAAGAGGCAGCGCUGGGUGUAGGACAGCUCUUAACUCGUGUUUAAGACAAACCUGCUACAUGUGUUUUUUGGGGUGGGGGGGGAUUUUAAUUCUUCUGAGCUUUUUUAUACAUUAACUGUUCUGUGAAUAACAAAGCAUUUUGAUAGUAAGGUCAAGCCUUAUGAAGAUGUAAGUGUCGGUCGAGACUCUUCUAUGUUACAGAACAAAACUCGAGCUUAAAAGCUGCUCCCGUGUGAUAUCCCGCAUCUAAUUACUUGUUUUGUUACUCAUCGCAGUUCAUACGACUGUAUCUUAUGAAUAACGUUAUCGCCACACCAAAUUACCAUGCCCCCUCCUUUUUCUACCUGUUGUAAUGGAUGUCACUGUACAGUUUGUGUAAUGUUUCAGUAUUUUUUCUUUUUUCUUCUUUUAUAAACUUUGAUGUUUUGGUUGAGAUGCCAGUUUUAUUUGGCCUUUGUGUCACAGGAUUCACGAUAACUAUCGAUUUUUUGAAUUAUUAUUUAGGUCUUUUUGUUACAUAACCGGGUGGCAGUGUCGGAUUUACAGAUGUGACAUUUGGUGCUGUGGAAAGACAAUUGUAUCAAUUGAGGUUCUCCGACGAACAUUAUUUGGUGUAUUUUGCCAUAUCGAUUUAUGGACCUCCCUCCCGUCAGACUCCCCUUCAGUUUCUACCUUCCCCCAAAUAUUCACCCAUUUGUGCUUCUAAAUCUGUUUUUAAACAUGCUCAACUUAUUGCUCGAGAUCAGACCUUUCUGUUUAUGGAGUGGAAAAAUGAGUUUUUGAAACUGGUUAAUCGACGCUCCUGGCGCUUAAAAUGUAUCGGCACAUGACGACUAAAGGUAAACGUCCAGAUGUGAAUCCCAAAACCUCUAAAACUUAUUCAAGUCUGUUAUUUAUGAUUCUGAAAUAUGAUGAGAAUAUGCCAGCAGUACAUUUGCAUACGACUGAGAGGAAGUUAAUAUUGAAUUUAGUUUAAGGAAUUUGACUGACUAACUGGCAACAUGAUUUAAAUUAUUGCAACACCUUGAAGCAGGAAGAGAAGCAGACCGUCACAAUAAAAGCCUGUGGGCUACAGUUUGUCAUUCCCCGCUCACUUUGAAAAUGGACACAGAACAAAACAUUCAUGCAUAAACCCUUAAGACUGAACGCCUGAACCUUUGCAACAGAUCUGCAAGUAAAAAACCCGAGAACUUAAUUUGACGUUAGUCAUGUUUAAAUCUUGUUUGGAUUCUGCAAGUGACUAAAUUACUUCCACGGCACCAAAUGGUUUCUUAAACCUUUUUUGAUUUUUGUUUUUAUUAUUAGUCUAUUUGUAUCUCCCCUCUUUCCCUUGUAUUUACCCCUCUCUCUACCUCUGUCUGUCCAUUUCUCUUGUAUAUAACCCCCACUGUUUUCAGACCUGUGAGUCUGUAUGAACUCCUUUUAUACCUCAACUUUAGAAUUGUUCUAGAAAGAGUAAAACAAAGGAAGAAUAUGACAAAUUGUAGUGUUCUUAUUCGAAAAUUAAUAAAAUGAUUUAGUGUGACUUUUUUUUUUUUUUUUUUUUUUUUCUCCCAGUAUUUGAUUUCAGAUUUUAGGAGUGUUUCAUUUUAUAAUUUGUCACAACUGCUCUUGUGAUAGUCAAACGUAAUAAAAGGAGAGAUUGCACCAUC